UAUGAAUUAGUUAUUUCAUUCAUUUCUUCUAAGAAUAAAAUAAGAAUAAUAAAAAAUGUCAAGGGCGUAUGAAGAUUAUUCUCCAGGGCCAGGAAUUAGAGGAAGCUUAAUUUGCGAGGAUUAUCUGAUAUUGAAGCCAGAAGAAGGUAGCUGUAAAGAUGUUUUUAGGCUUCUUUUGCGUGAUGAUACAAGAAAUAAAUUGAUAGUUACUCCAUCAGAAUUCCAACAGGAACUCAUAAGAUUUAAUUAUAGAUGGCUUCUCUUUGUUUCUGCUCUCAUGCUUAAAUGGUUCCGAUUCAUCAAGACGCCAUUGGCCUUCCUUGGUAAUUUUCUGGAAUUCUCCAUCAAUCUAAUUUAUGAUAAUCAUGGAUUGCUUAACCUCUUUCUCAACUUCAUCAAAGGAAAUGUGCAUAUUCCAAAUAAAUCAAGUGAGACAUACAGAUCAAUGGUAGGACUUCUAGAUGGGAGAGUUGAUUUCGACCCAAAAAUCCAAUUGGGACAUGUCAAUUAUGAGGCUUCUCUCUCUUGGAUGGCUUCUAAGUUGUCAUAUGAAAAUUCAGCCUACAUCAAAACUAUUGUUGAAAAUCGUUGGAAGAUGAAGGUGUUAGGAACAUAUGAUUUCCGAAAUGAAUUUGAAGGAAACAACUCGACACAUGCGAUCAUGUUACACAACAUGAGUAAAGACAAAGACAUAACUGUAGUGGCAUUUAGAGGCACAAAACCCUUUGAUGCAGAUGAUUGGUGUGUAGACCUUGAUAUCUCUUGGUAUGACUUAGCUCAAGUUGGAAGAGUUCAUAGAGGCUUCAUCAAGGCAUUGGGACUCCAUAGAACUAAUAAAAAUGUCAUUGGAUUCCCUAAAGAGAUUGAAAUGGGCCAUAAAAGCCCAAAUUUUGCAUAUUACAAAAUUAGACAGGCCCUAAAACACAUUAUUGUGCAGAAUAAGGAUGCAAAGUUUAUAUUGGCAGGACAUAGUCUUGGAGGGGCUUUGGCAAUAUUGUUUGCAAGUGUAUUAAUAUUACAUGAAGAAAGGAAAUUGCUUGAUAGAUUAGAGGGUGUUUAUACCUUUGGACAACCAAGGGUUGGAGAUGAGGAAUUCGGGGAGUUUAUGAAACACAAUCUGGAGGCUUAUAAUGUCAAAUAUCUUAGAUUUGUGUAUUGCAAUGAUAUUGUUCCUCGUCUUCCCUACGAUGACAACACUCUCCUCUUUAAACAUUUUGGACGUUGUCUAUAUUACGAUAGUUUCUACAAUGGAAAGGAAAUGGAAGAGGAACCCAAUAAGAACUACUUCUCUUUGUUAUGGAUGAUGCCUAAGUACCUGAAUGCAGGAUGGGAACUACUUAGAGGUUUUAUACUUCCAUAUAUGAAAUGGGGUGGCCCAAAUUACAAGGAAGGCUGGUGUCAACAUAUGUAUCGACUUAUUGGGCUUUUAUGUCCCGGCCUUUCGGCUCACGGUCCACAAGACUACACUAACUUAACUCGGUUGCCCCACUUCUCUCUUUCUCGUGAUCACCAUAAGAGGAAAUUAUAGUCGGCUAGUCUUUUGAAAGACUAUUUCAUAUAUUUCAUUAAUUAUUUUUAAAAAAAUUGAAUGGGUUUGUCUAUGAAAGUUAGUCUCUUUGAGACAUCGUCUUUCAUGAGAAUUAGUGCAAAUUAGCUUCUAUUUGAAGGAAUUUUAUUUUUAAU